UUACUCCAUUGCGUGUGUACUUUGUGUGUACGUCUAAACUACUAACUAUUCAUCCACUAAUAUCACCAUUUUUACUUGUUCUUUCUCCACUUCUUCAUUAAGAUGGGUGGCCAUCCUCUUUGAACUCUAAACUUUAAUGAAAAACAAAGGUCUUUGGCACAUGUAUCUCUAGUCGGAGAUGCCUAUCCAAAAUGACAGAAACACAUCAUCGUUGUCAUUAUAUAUAGUAGUAAAGCUUCUCAAUGUACCACUCCAACAUUUUCUCAAUCUCCUUUUGUAUUUCCUCAUUUUCUGUGUGGGCGCGAUUGUUGGAAUCAUUGUUCAUUCCUCUCUACAAGAAGUCUCUUCGCCUUACUCCUCGACAGUCCAAAGUGUCUCCCAACUCUUCCUUGUCACCUCCCCUCCUCCUGCUUCUCCUCCCCAUUCUCCUUUGUCUCCAAACAACGAGCCUGGAAUGUUUCUGAGGCCACCGAAGAGCAUCAUGCACAAUAUGGAAGAUAAAGAGCUUUUUUGGAGAGCUUCAAUGGUGCCCAAGAUAAGAAAUUACCCUUUCCCUCGAACGCCAAAGGUUGCUUUCAUGUUCUUGACAAGGGGGCCUUUACCUUUAGCUCCUCUAUGGGAAAGGUUCUUUCGAGGACAUGAAGGUCUUUUCACGAUCUACGUCCACACCAAUCCGUUUUACAACGAAUCCGUGCCCCAAGGUUCUGUGUUUCAUGGCCGACGCAUUCCAAGCAAGAGAGUAAAUUGGGGAAACGCAAACAUGGUAGACGCAGAACGAAGGUUACUAGCAAACGCUCUAUUAGAUAUCAACAACGAGCGUUUCCUUCUUCUCUCCGAGUCAUGCAUCCCUCUCUUCAACUUCACCACUCUCUACUCUGACCUCAUCAACUCCACUCAAACCCACGUAGAGUCCUACGACCUACCCAUCGGUCGCGUCCGCUACAACCAUCGCAUGUAUCCUCACAUCCACAUGCACCACUGGCGCAAAGGCUCUCAGUGGUUCGAGCUAGACCGAGCCAUGGCACUCGAGGCAGUCUCCGACACGUUCUACUGGCCCAUCUUCAAGGCAUACUCUCGAUGCCCCGACGAGCACUACUUCCCGACGCUGCUGAACUUGAUGCCGAGCCAGCUCGGGUCACGUAACUCGAACCGGACGCUGACGUGGACUGACUGGGGCAAGCGUAGGGCUCACCCGAGGACGUUUGGUGCGUUGGAGGUGAAUGUUGGGUUCUUGGAGUGGCUUAGGAGGAGUGACAAAGAGUAUUGUGAACACAAUGGAGAGGUUAAUAAGACGAGGCUUUGCUUUCUCUUUGCUCGCAAGUUUUCGCCGAAUGCUUUGGAUAAGUUGCUCCAGUUUGCAUCUACCGUCAUGCAUUUCUGAUCUCUCUCUCUCUCUUACAUUUUUUAUUCGUGGAUAUGUAAAGGUAGUAAGUUGUACUCUCAAUUUGUUUUUACUUUUUAUACGCUUUCUACCAAAGUUUUCUGUAAAACAAAAACCCUCCAACUAUAUACACUCUUUCUCAUA